UAAACAGACCCACACCGUCCAGACAGUUAAGGUUAUCAACGUUACGAAUUACUUCGCCAACGUAGCAUUCAUUUAAAAUUAAAAAUUACUAUAUUUUUGUGCGUGUAAAGUUCAAAGCUCAUACAGUCUCUUACUUUGACAAGCACACACUGUCAGGAUGGUUUCAUACAAGCGCCUGAACCCUGAAGAUGUUCAGUUUUCCAAUGCUGUGUUGUCGGAGGAGCCUCGAACUGUCCAACAAGAAGUUUCAUUGCAGGAGCCAGAGGAGGCCUCCUUGCUUCCACGGAUGCCCUCAUGCUCCGUCACCACAGGCCUCCUGGUUAUUGGCUGCCUGUUGCUGCUCCUCUGUGGAGGCUGGCUACUGGGCACCAUGUUCUGGCUGCACGGUUCGUCCAACCAACAGCCACAUAGACCCCCGCCACCGGCCACGGCACAAACGCCGCAAACAGAAGUAAACGACACUGUGUCUGCCUCACGUCGUCAGGCUUGCAGUUUAAUUCCAGAGGCGUGGAGGUUUGAUUGCUACCCUGAAAGAGGAGUGGUCGUGACCAAAGACUUAUGUGAGGCGAGGAACUGUUGCUUUAUCCCUGCUUCCCCCUCCCCUGCCGCCCGCCCAUCAGGGAGAAAUGGUAUCCCCUGGUGUUUCUAUCCUCCGGAUUUCCCUUCCUACUCGCUCGUGUCAAUAAACGACACAUCCCUGGGACAAAAAGGUACGCUCGUGAGAGAGGUGAAGACCUAUUACCCAGCAGACAUCCUCACUCUAGAGGUGGAGAUACGUCAUGAGACAGACACACGGCUACGUGUCAGGAUUACGGACCCUUCUAACUCAAGGUUUGAAGUCCCAAUCUCUGUCCCCACCGCCACCAAGAAGGCAGAAAGUCCAGAGUACAUAGUAGAGCUUUCAAAAGAGCCAUUUGGUCUCAUCGUGAAGAGAAGCUCUACAGGAGCUGUGCUUCUGAACACCACAGAGGCUCCUCUCUUCUAUGCGGAUCAGUUCCUCCAGUUCUCCACCUCCCUGUCCAGUCAGUUCAUCUAUGGCCUGGGGGAACAUCGCUCCACCUUUCUGCAUGAUGUCCACUGGAACACACUCACCAUGUGGGCCAGGGAUGUGCCUCCCAUGGAACAGACAAACCUGUACGGAGCUCAUCCAUUUUACCUGGCAAUGGAGGAAGGAGGGAACGCACACGGCUUCUUCCUGCUGAACAGCAACGCAAUGGAUGUGGUCCUCCAGCCGGCCCCGGCCCUCACCUGGCGUACUAUUGGUGGAAUCCUUGACUUUUACGUUUUCCUUGGUCCUGAUCCUGGUUCAGUUAUUGAGCAGUAUGUGGACGUCAUAGGAUACCCUGCGAUGCCCAUCUACUGGGCUUUAGGAUACCAUCUCUGUCGCUGGGGUUACAACACCAGUGAUUCUACCUGGGAAAUUGUCAAGAACAUGAGGAAUUAUGGGAUACCACAGGAUGUCCAGUGGAAUGACAUCGACUACAUGGACCAAUUUAUGGACUUCACUUUUGACUCGACAAAGUUCGCGACGCUGCCUGACCUGGUCAAGGACCUGCACGCUCAUGACCAGCGCUAUGUCAUGAUCCUGGACCCGGGUAUCAGCAGUACUCAGCCAGAGGGAUCAUACAGGCCGUUCGAUGAAGGACUGAAGAGAGACGUUUUUAUUAGGGAUGCUGAAGGAAAAACACUCAUUGGGAAGGUGUGGCCUGGUCUGACGGCUUAUCCGGAUUUCUCUGAUGACGCAACACAUGAGUGGUGGUACGACAACCUGAAGAGGUUCCAUGACAAAGUGCCAUUUGAUGGAUUAUGGAUUGACAUGAAUGAACCGUCUAAUUUCCUGGAUGGAUCCACUAACGGCUGUCCAUCAAACAGUCUUGAAAAUCCUCCUUAUACACCUGGUAUACUAGGAGGUUUGCUGAGAGCCAAAACAGUGUGUGCCACUGCACAGCAGAAGCAGUCCAUACACUAUAAUAUGCACAGCCUGUACGGACUCAUGGAAGCUAAAGCCUCUGCCAGCGCUCUGAUGCGGAUCGUGGCAAAGAGACCUUUUGUGAUCUCUCGCUCCACCUUCCCCAGUCAGGGGAUGUACUCUGGCCACUGGCUGGGAGACAACAGGAGCCAAUGGAAAGACCUUUACACCUCUAUAGCAGGUAUGUUGACCUUUAACCUUCUGGGCAUCCCGCUGGUGGGAGCAGACAUCUGCGGCUUCAGUGAGGAGCCGCAGGAGGAGCUGUGUGUCCGCUGGACGCAGGUCGGAGCUUUUUAUCCCUUUACACGCAACCACAACGCCAUCGACAUGAAGCCUCAGGAUCCCACAGCUUUCAGCCCUCUGGCUCGUACAGCCAUGAAACAGGCUCUGCUGCUGCGUUACUCUCUCUUCCCUGUCCUCUACACUCUCUUUCAUCACGCACAUGUGCACGGACACACUGUUGCCCGACCGCUGAUGUUCGAGUUUCCAAAAGAUGUAAGAACCUACGGGAUUGACAAACAGUUCCUGUGGGGGAAGAAUUUGUUGGUGACACCAGUGUUAGAUCCUGGAGUGGAUUCUGUGGACGGUUACUUCCCCGAGGGACUGUGGUAUGACUACUACACGGGUGACUCUGUGCGCAGUAAGGGUGAAGAGCUUCAACUCCAUGCACCUCUAGAUAAGAUCAACCUGCAUUUGCGUGAAGGAUCUGUUACACCAACACAGGCGCCCAACCUGACCCUGUGGGUGAGCAGCGGUCAGCCGCUCCACCUGGUCUCUUCUCUCUCUGACGAUGGUUCAGCCAGUGGAGACUUGUUCUGGGACGACGGAGAGAGCAUCGACACGUACGAGAGCGACCAUUACGCCUACAUCAUCUUCAGCGUCGCUCAGAACGUGAUGACGUCCCAGGUGCUCCAUAACAACGUGGAGGCCACAUACAUCACUGUGGAGUCGGCCUCCUUCUACGGCGUGAAGGAGAAGCCAAGCAGAGUGUUUGUGAACUCCCAAGAUGCAGUGUUCACCUACAGAGCCAACCAGGUGUUAACAGUUGCAGAUCUCGGUCUCAACCUCAGUCAGAACUUCACCAUCAGCUGGAUGUAAUGACUCUGAUGUUUUCAUGAUUGGUUUUACUUGUUGUUGACUGUUGAAGUCACAAGCAGACACAUAUUUAAGUGUGAGGACAGUGAUGGUUUUUCAUUGUUUUGGCUCUUUAAUCCAGAACAUUGGAUGGGAAUAACAAUUGUGAGAUUCAAGUGCUGAUUUUAAACUUUAAAGAGUAACUUAACACCGGACUGUUUCCUGUUGCACCUCAAACAAGACAGUGAUGUUACAGUGUACUGACAACGAGCCACACUGAUCCUGGAGUACACCUGUACAUCACUGCAGCAAGCUGAGAAGUUAAACCACUGGAGGUUAUCAAAAACCAAAACUCUCUGCAGCUCUUAAAUUUCUCUCUAAUAUAGUUCACAUCUGUAUUGAGUGUUGUACUUCAGUUCAGGUCUAAUGUGCUUGAGCACAGAGCCAAAACAAAGCUGCCCAUUUGUCGGACGGAUAAGACAAAGUGUAAGAACGCUGAAGUGAGUGUUAG